GCCUCGCGGUCGCGGGCGCGUAUACGUCGACCGAUUUAGAUUUACGCAUUUUUAAUAUCGAACGUAUUUUUUGAGUGCCAGUGACAUUUUAACAUUUUGUGGAUCGGUGCUUUGAGUGUUUAUUUUCGAAUUUCGAAUGUUGUUUUGUCUAUGUUGACGUUGGUGAUUUGACAUUUUUAUAAAUUGUGGCCAGUAUUUUGUUUUUUUUUGGAACUGUUUUAUUUUGUGGACAGUAACAUUGGAUUAUAAUCUAUAGCUUAUUGAACUGAUACACAAUGACAUUACCAGAAUACAGAAGAAAGAUAAAAUAAAUACAAACAUGACUCAAGCAUUAAAUGAAAUAUGGAGCCUUUGAAAUGAAAUGAAGAUGACGGAAGAAAGUAUGGCACUAAAGGAAAGCGACAAAGAUAUACUUGCUAUAGACAAUGUUGGCAUUAAACUUAUUGUGGUUAAGAACAAAACGUCCGAUGAGAAAUCGAGUGAAACAAAUCAAAGACGACUAACGAGUAGGAGUGUGAAUCCAUUGUUCCUUUUGUUAAGGAUAACAGCGAAUUUAACUUCGUUGAUGAAGCAGUGGAGUUUGUUUUACAUUUUGAUUUGUUGUGUGAGUGCGUUUGGUGAGCAACGGUUUGCGAUAGAACCUCAGGAUCAGAGUGCGGUCAUAGGAUCCAGAGUGACCUUACCAUGCAGAGUGGAAAACAAAGCUGGCCAGCUGCAGUGGACGAAGGAUGACUUCGGGUUGGGCACCCAUCGACAUCUCUCUGGCUAUGAGCGGUACAGGAUGAUUGGGAGUGAUGAAGAAGGUGAUUACUCAUUGGACAUACGAGAAGUGACGUUGGAUGACGACGCGAUGUAUCAGUGCCAAGUCAGCUCUGGACCUAGAGGUGAACCACCUAUCAGAUCAAGGUACGCUCGUUUGAUAGUGCUGGUACCUCCAGAACCUCCUAAGAUUCUUAGAGGACCAGUCAUCCAAGCAGUUGAAGAUCGGGAGGUGGAUCUAGAAUGCGUCUCUGUUGGAGGAAAACCUGCUGCUGAAAUCACAUGGGUGGACCACGACGGCGGAGUUUUAACCCAAGGAGUGAAUUAUAGCAUUGAAGCGACUACUGACGGAAGAAGAUUAACUGCCAGAUCCAUUCUGCGCCUGCGUCCAAGGAGGCAUCAUCACAACCAGACCUUCACCUGUCAAGCUCAGAACACAGCCGACCGUGCUUACAGAUCUGUUGCGGUCCGACUACAGGUCCAGUAUGCCCCGAAGGUUCGCAUGUUUAUGAAAUCCGGGACUGCGAAGGGAAAAAUACAAGAAGGAGAUACGUUGAUUAUAGGCUGUCAAGCGAACGCAAAUCCAAGCAACGUCACUUACAAGUGGUAUGUCAACAACGAGCAGAUAGCUGGCGACAUCCGCAAUGAAUUGAUCCUUUCAAACAUAUCAAGAAAGUUCAACGAAGCGACGAUCAAGUGCGAAGUUCACAACAACGUGGGCCGGAGUGCAGACACGAAAACUUUGGAAGUACUUUACGGCCCGAUAUUCUCCAUGAAGCCAGAGAACGUGGAAGGGGAGUCUGGUGCUAUGGUGACGCUUACCUGCCUCGUCGAAGGUCAUCCCAUACCCAAGAUUACCUGGCUGAGAUACGAAAGCGACAGAUUUAUUCGGGUGGGAAAAUCUCCGAACCUCACUUUGACAGUAUCGCAGCAUUCAGCUGGCCAGUACUGGUGCAGAGCCAGCGUUGAAGGUCGCCAGGAGGUGGAGGCGCCCGUCACCGUCUUCAUUAAAGGUCCGCCUAAAAUAAUGUCAAAUCGAACUCAAUACGGCGUGGAGGGAGACAGUGUAAGAAUAGAAUGCAUUUCCCUAUCCGUUCCGAAGCCAGAUUACGUAAUGUGGACGUUCGACGGGCACGAAAUAAAUUCUUUCCAUAACCAGGAAUACGCGUUUUUAGAAGAGAGCCUGGCUGAUCGAUUGACGAAGUCUACGUUGAUAAUUCGGCGGAGCGAGAUGAAGCAUUUCGGAUCGUAUAAUUGCACUGUCAUAAAUGCUUACGGUUUGGACAGUAUGGAAAUACGUUUAAUACCAGCCAAAACCUCACCACUGAUGUUUAUAAUCGCGGGCACCUCAGCUACGAUAAUAAUCAUUCUGAUCAUCAUGUUGAUUGUGAUGCUGUGCCAUCGGAAGACCAAGAAAGUCGAUGUGAAGAAGCCAGACAUCACAGACUUGGGGAAGACUUGCGUAGAGCAAUACAAAGAGAGUGACAGGAGUUCUAAUAUCAGUGAUUUGAAACUUGAACUUAGGCAAGUGGAAGGCAGUGAUGUGAACAACUCAAACGCCGGCUCGGAAACUGACCUCCAUCCAACUCUUCAUCUAACUACGAACCUGGGGCUCCCACUCGCAGGCCCGGUUCCUCUACCAGAACCAGGAUAUGACAAUGAGCUGAUGAAGCAGUAUCAAAGAUAUAGUGGGGAUUUCAAUCAGCCGAUCAACAGUCUGAAUUUUAAGACACACGGUCAAGCCAACGGUUACGUGCCCUACGUUGAUUACUCAAGAGAUUACGCCCCUCCAGUUCCAUCAGACUCGCUAUCAGGAUCUCUGUCAAGAAGUACUGACGGCUCGGGCUAUCAGUGCGGCUCGUUGCACCGUCAAGCCAGCUGCGGAAGACUUGGCGGUUUAAUAGGACCGGAUGUUAUUCCACUAUCUACUCCUGGAGUGGUACUUGCUGGAGGUCUAGACGUGAGAUAUGCAGCCACUUACGGAAACCCGUAUUUGAGAGGCAGCGGACCUUUGCCUUACGGGCCUCAAGUGAGCAAUGAAAGAAAACCGGCACCGCCACCAUACUACACAGUUAGACACAAUAACCAUCCACCUGUGUCUUCCCCUUCGUCAACUUCCUCGCGGCCAAUGACCAGUCCAAUAGCUUCAUCAUCUUCAACCAAUAGUGGAGCUCAGCCGCAAGUGCCUAAAGCCUCUCCACACUCAUCAGGAGGUUUGUACAUUCUCCCGCCGUCCAAUCAAGGAAAUUCACCAUCGAAUCAAAUCACUGCCAAAGGUAAUGGAGUCCAGUUGACAGCUGGAACGCACGUGUAAGAAAAAAUAGAAUGAAAACGUCCUAAAUUAAACUAUAGUAGUGAAUUUGAUAGAUAAUUACUGCUAUUGUCUCAAAGAGACUAUAAGUUUGAAAAUGAAGUGCAAUUUGUUACUGUACCAGGAUUUAAGCUGAGGAUAUUUAGUAAAGUAACUUCAUAGUGGAAGUGACCCAACUGCACCUAAUGGUAAGUGGAGUGGAGUCCAAUAAAAUGUCGACUGAUGAGAGAUGAUCCCUCGACAGUCGACACAAUAUGGGGCUUUCAAAUAUUCGUCUUUUUUUAAAUAAUUACUUAACUUCCAUUAGAAACUUCUAGAAGUUAAACAGAUGAAUUUGAACUUGAAAACAUAACUGAACCUCAUUUAAAUGCUGGUCCAGUAAGCCUAAUUAAAAUUUUAAAGAAAAUAUUUCUCAGUGUACUUAGCGGGGAUACGAGAAGUUUUCGAAACGAGCCUAAAAUUUAAAAGCUUUAAAUGUCCACGUCAAAGAAAAACUUAAAUUAAGCUGUUUAGUAAACUAAUUUUAUUCAAGUUAAUAUAACUUAGCAGUAAGUUUCAUCGACGUGAUCCGAAACACUUGUUAUGUGUUUUUAAUGAAAAUUUUCAUGUUUUUCGUGACAUUAAUGAAAGUGUUGCACUAAGGUUCAAAGCUUGUACCUUUAUGAUAUGAAUUAUAAGUCAUUUUAUUAAAAAAAACACAUGACUAUCAAUGCGAAAUUAUAUUAUGUGAAUGCCUAAACUUUCUAUAAUUUAAUAUAAUUGAUUUGUGUAUAUUUCUUAUGAAAUUAAUAAAUAUUUCAAUUUCUCGUGUGAUAAUUAAUUAAGAAUGUGUGCUUCGUUUAGAAUAUUUGAAAACUUGAAAAGUGAAAAUACUUAAAUGAUAUUAUUGGAAAAAUGUUUGUCUUAAAAUAAUUUUAUUUGAAACAUAUAAAUAUUUUUGAAAGUGAACUAUCAUUUUUUAAAUGCGUGAUUUUAAUCUUAAUAUUACGUCGUACCCUAUACAUAAAUGUAUUAUUAUAUUUAAAUAUCAAAAUAUACAAAUAGUGCGUGACUACCUCGGUGGCGUAGUUGUAAUACGUAAGAUCUCGUGUUCGAUCCCGGGUCGCGCAGUGAUUUUUUUUUCAACCCAAUAUCAGCCCGGUGUUUGGAAUUAUUGGCCUAUAUGGCGAUAGGCUUGCUCCCUAUCACAUCAUAGGUCGGAACACAGCGGAGAUUGAGUGUACCAGUUACGCCUCUGCCUACCCCUUCGGGGAAAGGCGAGUGUGUACACACCAACAGUAACAAUAUAUCACCUAAUAUAAUAUUUCAACGCUAAAUUAGCAGGUAUAAUAAAACUACAUUUCAAAGGCCAACGAUUCAAAAUUAGAACAAUUAUUACUUCACUUUAAUUACUUUCACAACUUUAGUAGCGCAACUAACAGUUAUUAUGCACUUUGGCUUUGGUUCAUACGUCCAAAUUACUUAAUAAUUAUUAUAGUAUAUAUUUCGUAAUAUAGUAUCAGCCCUGUAUUAUAUACUGUCCCACUGCUGGGCAUGGGCCUCCUCUACUACUGAGAGGGAUUAGGCCUUAGUCCACCACGCUGGCCUAGUACUUAUUGGCAGACUUCACAUACCCUCAAAAUUUCUAUACAGAACUUCUUAGAUGUGCAGAUUUCCAUACAAUGUUUUCCUUCACCGUUAAAGCAAGCGAUAAUUCACAAUGAAUACACACAUAAAUUGGAAUGGCAGAAAUGCAAGUUCUUGGGUUUUGAACCUGCAGUCAUCCGUCACGGCAGUCCGUUCUUCUCCGGCCUAGGCUGUCGCCACUUUUAUCUAUUAAUAAAUUUAUUUAUAUAGCGCAUCGCUAGCAGAGAUUUUUUUAGUUUUUUUUGCAAUCGCUCUGUUCCAAAAGCAUUUUUUGCAUAAACAAGUAAGGUGGCAUUAAAUGUAAAUACUUGGAGAGUUAUUUUAACUAAGACUGAAAAAAUAAUUUUACUAUACUACGCCUAUUGUAAAUAUAAUUAAGGAUUUUAUUUGAAUGUAACUUGAUUUGUACUUUUAUUUUGUGAAUGAAACAAAUAAGGACUAUUUCUCAAAUACAUUUGCGAUUUAUUAAUUUAUGAAAUGUAGUUAUAAAUCGUCAAUUUUGCUAUUAAUAGUGUUUUUUAAUUAUUUUAUUUUUAUUUGAUGAAACAUUUUGAGAUCAUUUUAAUUGAUAUAUAUUUAACUAAUAGAGUAUGUAUACGUCUGGAGCCAAAUAAAAUGCAGUGUUUUUUUAUUAAGUCAAAAGAAACAAUAAACAACCCAAGCUACGUAUAAUUUUUAUUAGUAAGGUCCUAAAGUCACUGAGUAUAGUCUUAUUUGCAUCAAAUUUUUUGGUCGCAAUUGUAUUUUUAUCGUCAUAGAAGCAAACUAGUCUAAGUAACAUUGAACAUUGGAAAUAACUUCGUAAUUUCUAAGAGCUCUAAGUUUUAUUAUGUUGCACACCUACUGUGCUGAUGAAAAGCUUUUAUAUUUAAUUUUAUAGUACUGAAAAAUCUCUACAUUUUUUAUAAAUACUAUUCCAAUUUGACGAAUUGUUUUUGCUACACAUUUUUGUAAUUAUUUCUUUGUUAAUAUUAAAACAGAACUGUUUUACGAAUUUUGUCGCGGUUUAUAUUAUAAUUGUCUCUCAGAAAAAUUGAUACAUUUUUGAUACAUUUUAAUGCUUGUAUUAUCAUUUAUAUUUUAAUGUACUUAAUUUAUCUCCUUUGUGAUACAUUUACUAAAUGACUGCUAUUUAGAAAUCUUUUGUAUUAAUAUAAUAUUUGCCUAAGAAUUUUCUUUUGUGUUUAAGUUAGUAAUGUAAUUAAUUUUACAGCGUCUGCGAAAUCGAAGGGUUUCAUGAUUUUAUGAAAUAUUUUAGUGUUUAAAGUAAUUAAGGAGUCUGUACUGGUAGGUAAAGGAAUGUUUCUUUUGAUUACGCCAGUAAUAAAGUGGAUUUGAUGAA